AUGCCCCAGCUUCAGAGAUCCGGACCUUCUAUAGUGAAAACAAGAACAGGUAGUGUCUUGUCUAGAGGAUUUAUCUUGAAAACAGAUCACUAUCCUUCAGGUCGAGCCCUUGACCUCGAUUUGAACGUGCAUGGUGCUCCGAACUUCCGGUCACCACGACAGGGAAAUCUGAAUGUUUUUGGGGCUGCGCAACCUCGGUCUCAGGGUCUCAGGGCCAUUCUUUCUGUUCUUCGUGCACGUCCGAAUACGCCCAAUCCUUCAAAUGUCGUAUGGUUCUCAACGCGUGAGGAGCCAAUCGUUUAUAUAUCAGGCAGACCUUUUGUACUGCGGGAUGCUUCUGAGCCCAGAAAGACGUUACCUCUCUCUGAUCGCGCAGAAAAUUUGGAAGGCAUUGAGAACAGACUGAAAAACGAUAUUCUUAUCGAGUCAGCCAAGUAUGGCGGUCUUCUGUUGACACACAACGAGAUAGCCGUAGAAGAUGGAGAUGGUGCUAUUUUACCUACUUGGACUGCAGUUGAUGCCAAAAAUGUGAAGACCUCCAGGGAAUUAUGGGAACACCUGAAAAAUGAUGGUUGGCGUGUCGAAGCCAACUAUCUUGAUGCCUACCUUCAAGUUAUCAAGGACACUGAUCCCCUUCAAACCUCCCUUGUCUUCUCUUGUGGAAUGGGUGCUGUACGAACAACUUUUGCUAUGGUCGCUGCAUCACUUGUGCGGCGUAGACAGCUGAUGCUUAGAGGAAUGGAAGACCCAUACGCUAGCAGACCCGACGGGGCACAAGUGACCAAAAUUGUGCAAGCUCUUGAACAAGCCAGUGCGCAACAGGAAAUGAGCAGGUCUUUGCUCCGUUUGACAUAUAUUUUACAACAAUGCCAACCCACUAACCCUUCGCAGCAAGUCAUCGAACUUCUCUUGUCUCAUCCUACGUUACUCGAUAACCUGCGAAAAGCGCACUUAGGGAAUUAUGGUAUUGUCCAAAGCCUGCUAGGUUGCCUGGACCAUGGAUUGCAAGCGAAGAAGCUGGUUGACAAGGUCAUCGAUUCUUGUGAUCACGUCGUCAACCUCCGUGAAGACAUCCUUAUUCAUCGAGUCAAGUUUUCUUUGACGAGUCUGGACGAGUCCAGUAGGGAUCAAUAUCUGGGCAAAGCCGUCAAGGCCAUAGAAAAAUACUUCUUUAUGAUAGCUUUCAUGAGCUACGUCGAGUCGCAAGACAGUUUCAAUCAAUCAUUCUCGGGUUGGCUUAAGACCAGGACAGAGAUCUGGAAUCAAGUAACGUUCCUACGCAAGUCGUAUGGUUCACGCCUCAACGUGUUCGCUCCAGUCAACGACCUGUCCAUACUUUCCAAAUCUGGCUCUCAAGAACGAUCCCUUAUACGAAAUCAGAAGAAUGAUGUCGCGAUUUCUGGUGGACAGGUUCUGGGAGAUGAGUACUCCGAUUAUGUCGUGAAGAAUCGUAGUGGGAUAAUUCUCAGAGAAAGUACUCUUCUCAAAUCGGAUCAAUGGCUGAGCCAGUCUCACCAUGUUGCCCAUGGUGUACGCGGCGCGAUCAACUUCCGCAACAUCCCUGGCACCAAGAUCUAUGCUCUUGGGCAGCCGACCGUAGAAGCUAUCGAUGAGGUUGUCCAUCGAGUUCACAGUGCACAUCCAGAAGCGAGUCGUAUCAUUUGGAUAACAUUGCGUGAGGAGCCGAUCGUAUAUAUCAACGGUGCACCCUACUGUUUACGGCGGGAGCGAUUCUCUCUGAGAAACAUGAAAGGUCGAAUUUCGAACUAUGGAGGGAUCUCGGCAUCGCGAUUAGAGAUUCUGGAGGAGCGGCUCAAAGAUGAUGUCGAUGCAGAAGUCAACUCUUUCGGAGGAAAGCUUCUACUCCACACCGAGACACCUGAUGGGUCUGUGAUACCAAUUUGGGAAGAGGUGCGACCUGAAGAUGUUGCCGUCCUCAAAGAUGUCAUGACGUCUCGCAAAACAGUGGGACAUGGUAUUGAUUUGCACUACGCUCGUAUACCGAUUACUGCAGAGCGUCCGCCGAAUUUCUCUGAUUUCAGCGAGCUGAUAGAUGUCGUUCUAAGUGCGAAUAUGACUUACACGCCCAUAGUAGUUAACGAUCAGCUGGGACGAGGUCGAAGCACUCUGACUUCUAUCAUCCUCAUCUUGAUUCAGCAGUGGUUGGAGCGAAGCAGGCCACCUGCUACUCCUAGAUUGGGUUCGCGCUCUUUAUCUAUUGACAACAUCUCCCUCAAAGACACCUCUAUUCGUAAGACCGCCAAAGAUCACCCUAUUCAUAGACAGUCCUACGAAAUUAUCAACAGUCUCUUACGCGUAAUUCGCAAAGGUCCAGCCGUAAAGAUUGUUGUCGAUGAAGCUAUUGAUCAAUGUGCUGAGGUUUUCAACUUGCGCGACUCCAUAGAGGAAUCUCGUAGCCAAGCAGAGCAAGCUUCAGACGAAUGGUCCAAGCGCACCAUCGCUCAGAAAGGCUUGUACAAUCUUCGGCGUUACUUUGAAUUGAUCGUAUUCCAGGCGUAUUUGCAGUCUACAGAACCUGACACAAUGCAGAACUUUGAAACUUUCGAAUCGUUUGUUCAGAGGCUUCCAGUGAUCAAGACGUUUGAAAAAGAACUCAUCGCUGAAGGAGCUGGUGCUCUGAAGCCUUUGUAUCGCGUCGAUCUCGCAGAUGGAGUGGCUCUACCUGACGAAGAGACGAGUAUUGUCGCGAAUCGUUCCGGCAGUAUCCUCUCCGCUUCUACUAUCCUCAAGAAUGACUUGUUCCUAGGCUUACAGAAGAUGACCUUGCCUGAACGGAUUGAAGGAUCGCCCAAUUUCCGGCGUGUGCCCUUAGUGCUACAACUUGUUUCUUGCAGCGGGUUAUCGUCACCUCAUGAUGGCGUAGAUUUUGUGCCUAGUAGGGACGAGAAACACAAAUGGGUUUGCGGAAGGUACACAUAUUUCUCGAUAAUGCAUAUUAAGAUUGUUCAUGUAUGCUUAUUUAGCGGGAUGCCUACAUUACAAGGACUGCGUAAAGCCCUGACUAGGAUUGAUGCCGGGCCAGACGGUGACAACAUGGUCAUAUGGACAUCUUUACGAGAGGAACCUGUUAUUUACAUCGCUGGUCAGCCACACGUGCUGCGGCUCCAAAAUCGGCCGAUGGAGAAUGUCGAGGCCACUGGCGUCGAUACCAGCUUAGUUGAGGCAAUGGAGGAUGCCUUCAAGAAAGAUGUGAUUAGAGAAGUGCGCGAGGGACAGGGCCGCAUUUUGCUUCAUGAUGAAGUGGAAGAACGUCCGAAUGUCUUCACGAUUGAACCAAUAUGGGAGGCAGUUACUGAAGAAGAUAUUAUGACGCCUCGUGACGUAUUCCAACUCAUGACAAAAGAAGGCUACAAGAUCGACUACGGACGCAUUGCAGUUACGGACGAGCAAGCACCCCUCCCUGGUGCUCUGGCACAGCUUUAUGAUCGUGUCAAGUGCGGCUAUUCCAAAGCAGGCGAUUUUGUUUUUAAUUGUCAGAUGGGGCGAGGAAGAACAACUACAGGCAUGAUCACCGCGUGUCUAAUCGCAACUACCAUGAAUUGGAAGGAUGAUUGCAUCACCGACGACGCAGUACAAGAACGAAUCACCGAAGAAUAUGACAACAUUGACGGACCCUCGGAAGAAGAGGCAUAUCUUCAAGGGGAGUACAAGGUCAUACUUCAACUUGUCAGCGUCAUGGCCCAUGGCAAGCUCGCCAAGCGCCUCACAGACCGAGCAGUGGACUUGAUGCAAGACGUGCAGAACCUGCGAAAAGCUAUCUACGACAACAAGUUGAAGGUCGAGGCCUGCGAAAAGGGUACAUCAAAACAUCAAAAACUAUUCAAUCUUGCCGUGAACUACUUAUACCGAUAUGGAACACUCAUCGUCUUCGCUAAUUAUCUUCUCGAAAUGAGAGAACUCCUUGGACAGGAAACCACCUUCCCGGAGUGGCUGUCCAAGCAUCGAGAAAUCACGAAACUUCUGAGCCGGAAAACCCUCGAUUAAACGCAUUUACCGACCGGUUUCUUGGGAUAUACUGUACACCAAGCUGGUAAGACGUAACAGUACACAAGGCAUUGGACUGUUUUACUUUUCAGAUCAGAUGUUGUUUAUUUGUUCCUGUUCUCCAUCUCCUGUCAUGACUGAAUUCCUUUGCUUCUAAUCUAAUUUAAUCGGUCAACACCUUGUUGAUACCAGAUUGUCACACGGACUCAUAUCUUAGUAUCUUGUUCGCACGUCUUCUCGCUCUUGCUUGUGCUCUCGACAAUGAAGAUCGCAGUCACUGGAA